GGCCGAGUCUGACACUGGAGGCUGAGGGGAAGAGGAGAGGAGGUUGGGCGAGUUCCCUCGUCCCGCACUCCUUGUUUUCUCCAAGUGACACACUGAGCCAAGACUCACUUUUCUUUUUCUGAACUUGAACCACCGUUUCCGUCGUCUCGCAAUCGACCCGCGAACCCCAGGGCGAUGGACCCGUUUACGGAGAAACUGCUUGAACGAACCCGUGCCAGGCGAGAGAAUCUUCAGAGAAAAAUGGCUGAGAGGCCCACGGUGGCACCAAGGUCUAUGACUCAUGCUAAGCGAGCCAGAGAGCCGCUUUCAGAAGCAAGUAACCGGCAACCCCCAUCUGGUGGUGAAGAGAAAUCUUGUACAAAACCAUCACCAUCAAAAAAACGCUGUUCUGACAACACUGAAGUAGAAGUUUCUAACUUGGAAAACGAACAACCAGUUGAAUCAGCUUCUGCAAAACCUUGUUCUCCAAGUCCUCCGUCUCCUCAGGCGCAGCCACAAGCACCAGCUGCGGCCAGUGAUUCUGUGGCUGUCCCGCCGUCGCUGGGCGUGAGGAGAGGGCUGAAUUCAAGACUGGAAGCAACUGCAGCCUCCUCGGUUAAAACACGAAUGCAAAAACUGGCAGAGCAGCGGCGCCAUUGGGAUAAUAAUGAUAUGACAGAUGAUGUACCUCAAGGCUCACUCCUCUCAGCAAUGCCAUCAGAGGAAAAGGCUGCCUCCCCUCCCAAACCAUCCCUUUCAGAUGCUUCAGCAACUCCAGUUGGGAGAAGGGGCCGUCUGGCCAACCUUGCUGCAACUAUUUGCUCCUGGGAAGAUGAUGUAAAUUACUCAUCUGCAAAGCAAAACAGUGCACAAGAACAGCCUGGUACCACUUGUUUAUCCAAAUUUUCUUCUGCAAGUGGAGCAUCUGCUGGGAUCAAUAGCAGCAGUGUUAAGCAGGAAGCUACAUGCUGUUCCCAAAGGGAUGGCGAUGCCUCUUUGAAUAAAGCCCCAUCCUCCAGUGCUGUGGGUGCAUCUUUGAUUAAUGUUGCAAUUUCCAGCUCUGUGAAAGCUGCUUCUCCCCCAGUGAAAUCUUCUACUACAUCCAUCACCGAUGCUAAAAAGUGUGAGGUACCAAGUCCUGAACUACUUCAAAAACCUUCUGUUAGUCCUCUGAAAACAGAGGUAUCAAAACCAAUUGGCAAGUCAACUCUAUCCCAGACAGUUCGGCCCAAAGAAGAAUUAAGUAGAGAAAUUUGUCUGCAAUCUCAAUCUAAAGGCAAAUCUACAACGCCAGGAGGAGCAGGAAUUAAGCCUUUCCUGGAACGCUUUGGAGAGCGUUGUCAAGAACACAGCAAAGAAAGUCCAGCUCAUAGCACACCCCAUAGAACCCCCGUUAUCACUCCAAAUACAAAGGCCAUCCAAGAAAGAUUAUUCAAGCAAAACGAAUCUUCAUCUACUACGCAUUUAGCACAACAGCUCAAGAAGGAACGUGAAAAAGAACUAGCAUGUCUUCGUGGCCGAUUUGACAAGGGCAAUUUAUGGAGUGCAGAAAAAGGCGAAAACUCAAGAAGCAAACAGCUAGCGUGCAAACAGGAAAUUCACUGUCAGAACACUCCCCUCAAAAAACAUCAAGUUGUUUCAAAUACCCCAUCACUUCCAGUAACAGAAAAGGUGACAGAAAAUCAAACACCAGCAAAACCUUCCAGUUCAAAACCUACAGAUUUCACUGAAUGUAAAAUGACGAAGUCUAGCCCUUUGAGAAUAACAUUGUUUUUGGAAGAGGAAAAGUCCUUAAAAGUAACAUCAGACCCAAAGGUUGAGCAGCAGACUGAAGUGGUACGUGAAAUUGAGAUGAGCGUGGAUGAUGAUGAUGAUAUCAAUAGUUCAAAAGUAAUUAAUGACAUCUUCAGUGAUGUCCUAGAGGAAGGUGAACUAGAUGUGGAAAAGAGACAAGAGGAGAUGGAUCAAGCAGAAGCAGAAAGCAACGAAGAACAGGAAGAUGCACUGAAUAUCUCCUCAAUGUCUUUACUUGCUCCGUUAGCACAGACAGUUGGUGUGGUAAGUCCAGAGAGUUUAGUUUCCUCACCUGGAUUGGAAUUGAAAGACACCAGCAUAAGUGAUGAAAGUCCAAAGCCAGGAAAAUUCCAAAGAACCCGUGUCCCUAGAGCUGAGUCUGGUGAUAGCAUUGGUUCUGAAGAGCGUGAUCUUCCUUACAGCAUUGAUGCAUAUAGAUCUCAAAGAUUCAAAGAAACAGAACGUCCUUCAAUAAAGCAGGUGAUUGUUCGGAAGGAAGAUGUUACUUCAAAACUGGAUGAAAAAAAGAAUGCCUUUUCUUGUCAAGUUAAUAUCAAACAGAAAAUGCAGGAACUCAGUAAUGAGAUAAAUUUGCAGCAGACGGUGAUCUAUCAAGCUAGUCAGGCUCUUAACUGUUGUGUUGAUGAAGAUCACGGAAAAGGGUCACUAGAAGAAGCUGAAGCGGAAAGACUUCUUCUAAUUGCAACUGAGAAGAGAACACUUUUGAUUGAUGAACUGAAUAAAUUGAAGAGUGAAGGGCCUCAGAGGAAGAAUAAGGCUGGUCCCAUAUCCCAAAGUGAGUUUGUCCCGUCCAAAGGAUCAGUUACUUUGUCAGAAAUCCGCUUGCCUCUAAAAGCCGAUUUUGUCUGCAGUACAGUUCAGAAACCAGAUGCAGCAAAUUAUUAUUUCUUAAUCAUACUAAAAGCAGGAGCUGAAAAUAUAGUAGCCACACCAUUAGCAAAUACUUCAAAUUCUCUUAAUGGCGAUGCUCUGACAUUCACUACUACAUUUACUUUGCAAGAUGUGUCCAAUGACUUUGAAAUAAAUAUUGAAGUUUACAGCUUGGUGCAAAAGAAAGAACCCACAGGCCCUGAUAAGAAGAAAAAGGCAUACAAGUCCAAGGCUAUUACUCCAAAGCGACUUCUCACAUCUAUAACCACAAAAAGCAGCCUUUAUUCUUCAGUUAUGGCCAGUCCAGGCGGUCUCAAUGCCGUGCGUACCAGCAACUUUGCCCUUGUUGGAUUUUACACACUGUCAUUAUCUUCAGUAGGAAACACUAAAUUUGCUCUGGACAAGGUGCCAUUUUUAUCUCCUUUGGAAGGUCAUAUUUAUUUAAAAAUAAAGUGUCAAGUGAAUUCAAGUGUUGAAGAAAGAGGUUUUCUAACCAUAUUUGAAGAUGUUAGCGGUUUUGGUGCCUGGCAUCGAAGAUGGUGUGUUCUUUCUGGAAACUGUAUCUCUUAUUGGACUUAUCCAGAUGAUGAGAAACGAAAGAAUCCCAUAGGAAGGAUAAAUCUGGCCAAUUGUACCAGUCGUCAGAUAGAACCAGCCAACAGAGAAUUUUGUGCAAGACGCAACACUUUUGAAUUAAUUACUGUCCGACCACAAAGAGAAGAUGACCGAGAGACUCUUGUCAGCCAAUGCAGGGACACACUUUGUGUCACCAAGAACUGGCUGUCUGCAGAUACCAAGGAAGAGCGGGAUCUCUGGAUGCAAAAACUCAAUCAAAUUCUUGUUGAUAUUCGCCUCUGGCAACCUGAUGCUUGCUAUAAACCUAUUGUAAAGCCUUAAACUGUAGGAAGUUUCCAUGCCGUGUAGAGGUUUUUGAGCUAUGUCAUAAAUGUAUCUUAAGAGCAUCAGAUUUGCUUAAUUGCAUUUUAUGCUUUAAAUACGAAAGGGUAUGUGCCAAUAUUCACUACAUAUUAUGCAGUAUUUAUAUCUUUUAUAUGUAAAACUUCAACUGAUUUCUGUUAUUCAUAGAUGAUUGGAAGAAUGUUCAUUAUAGUUGAUUUUGCUAAAUCUUAAUUUAAAAGCUCAUUUUCUUAGAAAUCUAAUUAUUCAAUUUUUCAUGAUACAAUAUUUUUUUAGAAGUAAGAAAUUUUGAGUUGUCUUCUUGGAGCUGUGGGUCUCAAAGUAGAAAGGUCUUACACAGUUGGAGAUAGAAACCUCCAACUUGGUCAUCCUUCCUCUGGCCUCAGUGCUUUUUUCUACAGGUUGUGAUCAUUUAUUGAUCAUGACAUAUCUUGUUACUAGAAGACUGAAAAAAUUUCUAAGGGACUUUACAGAAACAUUUUUAGUAAUGGAGGUAAGAACUUUUUCAAAUAGCAAAUGUAUAUUAGUUUAAAAGCUUGAGGCUGCCUUUAAACAAGAUAUGGACAUAGGGGAUAUUGUGUGAGAUUUGGGAGUUAAAUGUUUCGUUUAGAAGUGUUAAUAAUCACAUGGUUUACAUUUACUCAGUUACUAUAGUUGCUUGUGGUGCACAUUUUCAUAGAAUACAGGCCUUUUUAAAUAAUUAUUUUUGCUAUGUAGCUUACAGACUCCUCAAAUAUACUUGGCAUAAUAGUUCUUUUUGCUCCUGUAA